CCAUGGGGACCCAUCAGAGGGGACGAUGCCACCAGGGCCCGUCAGGGCGUGAGGCGUCGGGGACACGCCUGUUGCCGCGGGGACGUGUGACGUGGCGGUUGUCUCCACGCUGACCCUUGAACCCGAGGCCAUGGCGCGGCCCUGGGAGAUGAGGGGACGAUGGGCGAUGGUGUUCUGGGCGAUGAUGGCGCUCUGGGCGAUGAUGAUGAUGGGGCGAUGGGCGAUGAUGAUGAUGGGUCCCCCGGGAGCGGUGGCCGCGGUCACCCUGCUGCUGGCACUGCUGCUGCGGUGGCUUUGGGACACCCUGAGGAACGUCACCCACCGCCGCAACACCCUGAGGCGCUUCCCCCGACCACCCUGGCGCAACUGGGUGCUGGGACACAGCGGAAUGGCCAAGAGCACGGAGGAGGGUCUGCGGCAGGUGGACGCGCUGGUGGCCCAGUUCCGGCGCGGCUGCCUCUGGUGGGCGGCACCGUGGUUGCCCGUCCUGCGCCUCUUCCACCCCGACACCCUCCGACCCAUCCUGUUGGCCUCAGCCUUCAUCGCCCCUAAGGACCAGCUCUUCUACGGGUUCCUCAAGCCCUGGUUGGGGGAUGGGCUCCUCCUGAGCCGAGGGCACAAGUGGGCCCGGCACCGGCGCCUGCUGACCCCCGCCUUCCACGGGGAUGUCAUCAAGUCCUACAUUGGCAUCUUCAACCAGAGCACCCACGUCAUGCACGCCAAGUGGCGGGCGGCGGCGCGGACAGCCGGGGGCCUGGUGGGGCUGGAGGUGUUGGAACAUCUCAGCCUCCUCACCCUGGACACCCUCCAGAAGUGCAUCUUCAGCCACGAGAGCCACUGCCAGGAGAAACCCAGCGAGUACAUCAAGACCAUCCUGGAGCUGAGCACCUUGGUGGUGAGACGCCAUCAGCACCUGCUCCACCAUCUCCCGUGGCUCUAUCGCCUCUCGGCUGACGGGCGACGCUUCGCCCAAGGCUGCGCCACUGUGCACAGCUUCACCGCCAACGUGGUGCAGCGCCGGCGCCGGGCCCUCGACCGCCUCGGCCACCAGGCCUGGCUGGAGAGCCACCAGGGACGCAGGAUGGACUUCAUUGACCUUCUCCUGCUUGCUAAGGACGAGGACGGCAACACUCUGUCAGACGAGGACAUCGCGGCCGAGGCUGACACCUUCAUGUUUGAGGGUCACGACACGACAGCCAGCGGCUUGGCUUGGCUGCUCUACAACCUCGCCAGCCACCCCCACUACCAGGAACGGUGUCGCCAGGAGGUCCAGGAGCUCCUCAAGGGUCGCGAGGUGGAGGAGAUCAAAUGGGAGGACCUGUCCCACCUACCCUUCACCACCAUGUGCAUCAAGGAGAGCCUCCGCCUGCAUCCCCCUGUCACCGCCGUGUCGCGACGCUGCACCGAGGACAUCGCCACGCGCGACGGACGCGUCAUCCCCAAAGGGAUCAUCUGCCUGAUGAGCAUCUACGGGACCCACCACAACCCGGAUCUCUGGCCUGAGCCCCAGGUCUACAACCCGUUGAGGUUCAGCCCAGAGAACAGCCAGGGUCGGUCCCCGUUGGCCUUCAUCCCCUUCUCCGCUGGUCCCAGGAACUGCAUCGGGCAGAGCUUUGCCAUGGCUGAGCUGAAGGUCGUGGUGGCCUUGACGGUGGCGAGGUUCACCCUCCGGCUGGACCAGGAGAGGCCACCGCGACGCAAGACCGAGCUGAUCCUGCGGGCCGAGGACGGGCUGUGGCUGCGGCUGGAGCCGCUGACGGGGCCCUGAGGGACACGGGGACGUCCCACCUGAGGGAUCGAUGGGGACAUGGAGAUGUCCCACCCGAGGGAUCGAUGGGGACAUGGGGACAUCACACCUGAGGGAUUGAUGGGGACAUGGAGAUGUCCCACCCGAGGGAUCGAUGGGGACAUGGGGACGUCCCACCCGAGGGAUCGAUGGGGACAUGGGGAUGUCCCACCUGAGGGAUCAAUGGGGACACGGGGAUGUCCCACCCGAGGGACCGAUGGGGACAUGGGGACGUCCCACCCGAGGGAUCGAUGGGGACAUGGGGACGUCCCACCCGAGGGAUCGAUGGGGACAUGGGGACAUCACACCUGAGGGAUCGAUGGGGACAAGGAGAUGUCCCACCCGAGGGAUCGAUGGUGGCACUGGGGACCUCGGUCACCUGCCCCCUCACGGCAUGGAUGGGGCCCUCUGGCCUUCAGGGAACUACCAGUACACACCAGCAGUUCCCAGUAUGGCCCAGUGCCUCCCAGUUGGCUCUCAGUUCUCUCCCAGUGACUCCAGUCCCUCCCAGUGAUUCCCUUCCCUCUUCCAGUUCCAUCUGAGUUCUCUCCCAGUUCAGUUUCUCCCUCCCACUCCCCUCAUUCUCCCUCCCAGUCCCCUCCAGUGCCCCCAUUCCCCUUUCCAGUCCUUCCCAGUUCCACCUGAGCUCUCUCUCAGUCCCUCCCAGUUCAUAGUUUCUCCCUCCCAGUCCCUCCAGUGCUCCCCUUCCCCCUUCCCAGUCCCCCCAGUGCCACUCUAGUCCCUCCCAGUUCCCCCUUCUCCCUCCCAGUGGUCCCCUUCCCCCAUCCCAGUCUCCUCUUCUCCCUCCCAGUCCCCUCCAGUGCCCCCAUUCCCCCUUGCAGCCCCCCCCAGUCUCUCCCAUUUCCCCUCCCAGUCUCCUCCAGUUCCUCCCACUUCCUCCUUCUCCCUCCCCAGUCCCUCCCAGUGCUCCCCUUCCCUCUCCCAGUUCCAUC